GGUCUCAUCUCUGAUUUGUCCGUCCUGCCACUGCUGUUGUUGCAUCUCUCUCUCUACCGCUUCUAAGACUGUGAGAUCUCAUCAACAGGAUGCCUGAGCAUGUGCAAGAGAGGAAGCCAAAGAUCUCAGCUUCAAGGAAGCUGAUGCUCAAGAGUCUGAUGGUGGCAAAGGCCAAGGAGGAAUUGGAACAGGAGAUCCUAGUUAAAGAGGAGGAGAAACAGAAGUAUCUGUCAGAAAGAGCUCCUCCUCUAAACACCAGCGGCCUGAGCCUUGCACAGCUACAGGAUCUCUGCAGAGAGCUCCAUGAGAAGGUAGAUGUGGUGGAUGAAGAGCGAUAUGACAUUGAAGCCAAAGUCACGCUCAACACGCGUGAGAUUAAAGACCUGAACAUCAAGGUGUUGGACCUCAGGGGGAAAUUCAAGAGGCCCAAUCUUCGACGCGUUCGUGUGUCUGCUGACGCCAUCCUUCGCUCGCUGCUGGGCUCCAAGCACAAAGUCUCCAUGGACCUCCGAGCCAACCUCAAGUCUGUCAAGAAAGAGGACACUGAGAAGAAGAGGCCAGUUGAAGACAGCGACUGGAGGAAGAACGUGGAGGCCAUGUCCGGGAUGGAGGGAAGGAAGAAGAUGUUUGAUGCUGCUAAGGGUCCUGCCCAGUGAACACAAAAGUUGAUGGGAUGGUGUCAUGUGAGCGACAUCACUCUUCCUGCAACUGAAUUGGUCUAUUGCAGCUUCUGCAUUUCAGUCUCAUGCUGAUAUCACACCUGAUGCCAAGAUAUUUUGCCUUAUAUUUGUACAGCUAUGUAAAACAAUGUAGCUUAUAUCUCUGACAAAUGUGGAUGGUAUUGUAAUUUAAUCAGCAGGUCAAAUAAUACAGCUAAUAAUGAUAAUAUAACCUGGUCAAAUUAAACAGCAUCUUAUAUUCUUGCUUGCUUUUAUGAAUUGUAACAAAUUGAUUUGCAUUUCAUCAGCUGGAUUUAUAUGAAAACUGACACAAUAAAACACACAAAUGGAUCUAAUUUGGGUUUGUUAUGUGUG